GGGGUGACUUUUUCAGAGAAUAUCUGCAGGAUUCAAGAGCGGUUUCAGCUUCAAACAUUACAUAAAAAGGGUGAUAUUAUGUUAGGAGGGAUAUUUGAAUUAACUUAUACAUCAUUUGUUCCAGAUUUUACCUUUACAAAUAAACCAGAAAAAUGGAAAUGUGAGAGUCUGGAUUUUGAAGUGUUCCAGUGGGCACAUGCAAUGAUUUUUGCCAUUGAAGAAAUCAAUCAAGAUCCAAUGCUUCUUCCCAAUAUAACGCUAGGCUACAGGUUAUAUGACAAUUGCUUAAGGCUACAGGUGGCCCUGAGAGCUGCAAUGAAUCUGAUUGGUGGACUGAAUGACAGCGUUCCUGAUAACGACUGCAGAGGACCACCUCCUGUCGUUGGUAUUGUUGGCGAUCCACUUUCAUCACAUUCAAUUGCCAUUUCAAGAAUUCUGGGUCUGUUCAGGAUCCCUCUGAUCAGCUACUAUGCCUCUUGCUCUUGCUUAAGCAAUAAGAUAGACUAUCCAUCAUUCUUUAGGACUGUACCUAGUGACGCAUUCCAGGUUAAAGCUAUGGUACAAAUUAUUAAACAUUUUGGAUGGACGUGGGUGGGUGUCAUAGGAACUGAUGAUGACUAUGGGCAAUAUGCCGUAAAUAGUUUCCAUGAAGAAAUUAAACCAUUUGGAUGCGUUGCUUUUACAGAAACAUUUCCUAAAGCCCAAGAGAAGUUCAGAUAUCUUCAAAUAAUUAAUACAAUAAAACUUUCAACUGCAAAAGUCAUUGUUGUCUUCUCUUCAACUGCAAAUUUAUUAGCAUUUUCCACAGAACUCAUUCAGCAAAACUUAACUAACAGACAGUGGAUUGCCAGUGAAGGAUGGAGCACUUCAAGUGUUGUAGCAAGUAAUGAAAACUUUCCAUUCCUUGGGGGGACAAUUGGCAUUGCCAUUCGUAGAGGGAGAAUACCAGGACUGGAUAAUUUUCUUCUCCAGAUCAGACCCAGUAGUGAUCCAAACAAUAAUUUAAUUCCUCGCUUCUGGGAGUCAAUGUUUGAAUGCAAAUUUCCAGAAGAUGUAACUGAGCAAAAUGUUUCUGUGCUUCCAGUCACCAAUGUAUGCACAGGAUAUGAGGACAUAAAUAUCACCAGGACUGCAUACACUGAUUUGACUGAAUCGAGGGCUCCAUAUAAUGUUUAUAAAGCCGUGUAUGCUUUAGCACAUGCACUCCAUCAACUAAUGCUCUGUGAAAAUGGAAAAGGGCCCUUUGAAAACAACACUUGUGCUGAUAUCAAAAGUUUGCAACCUUGGCAGCUGAUGCAUUAUCUGAAAAAAGUGAAUUUCACCAAUCGACUUGGGGAAAGAGUGGCAUUUGAUGAAAACGGGGAUGCUCUUGCGGUGUAUGACAUAGUGAACUGGCAAAGAGCAAGUGAUGGCUCGGUGAACAUUAAAACCAUAGGCGUUUAUGAUGAAGCAGCCAGCAAGGGACAAGAGCUCUUCCUCACUAAAUAUGACAUCUUUUGGAACUUUGAUUCUGGAAAGGUCCCAGAAUCUGUCUGCAGCACAAGUUGCCAACCUGGAACUAGAAAAGCCACUAGGAAAGGAGAGCCAGUCUGCUGUUUUGAUUGUGUGCCAUGUGCAGAUGGAGAAAUUAGCAGAGAAACCGAUUCAGUGGAAUGCUUUCAGUGCCCAUCUGAGUUUUGGUCAAAUCCUUCCAGGACUCAGUGCAUCCUAAAGGAGAUUGAAUUUCUUUCAUAUGAAGAUGCUAUGGGAAUAACACUCACAGCAACAGCGAUAUUUGGAAGCUGCAUGUCUGUCGGUGUUUUAAUAGUUUUCAUUUACUAUCGAAAUACUCCAGUUGUAAAAGCCAACAAUUCAGAACUGAGCUUCCUUUUGCUUUUGUCUUUAACGCUCUGCUUCCUUUGUUCACUUUGUUUUAUCGGAGAGCCUUCAAAUGCAAGCUGCACGUUGAGACAUGUGGUGUUUGGAAUCAGCUUUGUUCUGAGCAUUUCUUGCAUUCUCGUAAAAACAAUUGUUGUCAUUAUGGCAUUUAAGGCCACACUGCCGGGAAAUAAUAUGAUGAAGUGGUUUGGUGUAACACAGCAGAGAGGCACAGUUUUCAUGUUUACUUUUAUUCAGUCGCUUGUAUGUGUGGUGUGGUUAAGUUCAGCUCCACCAUUUCCCUCUAAAAACAUUAAAUAUCUGAACUCAAAAAUUAUAUUUGAGUGCAAUGUUGGAUCUUUCAUUGGAUUCAGUUGCCUUCUGGGAUACAUUGGAUUGUUAGCAUGCAUCUCUUUUGUAUUGGCUUUUCUUGCAAGAAAUCUCCCAGACACCUUCAAUGAAGCCAAGUUCAUCACUUUCAGCAUGCUCAUCUUCUGUGCCGUCUGGAUAACAUUUAUACCUGCCUAUAUCAGCUCUCCUGGAAAGUACACAGUGGCUGUCGAGAUUUUUGCAAUUCUGGCGUCAAGUUUUGGUCUACUUGGUGCAAUUUUUGCCCCAAAGUGUUAUAUUAUUCUGCUUAAGCCAGAAAUGAAUACAAAGAAAGCUCUUAUGGGCAGAUAA